GUUCUAUGUUUUCAAAUGCUUUAUGCUUUUGUUGGUUUCAUAUCAAAGAUCUCAAGUUUGCUUCUAAGUGCUCAAGUGGCUUUUGUACCUGUUUCUUCCAAGAGGCACAGAAGCAAGGGAUUUACUUUGCAUCUAGCAGCAUCAUUGUUUUCGCCUUUAUUAGCGAAGUAGUCAAGUUGUCUACACUCUGAUCUCGGGUGAAAAUGGCUUCAGAGGUGUUUGCCUUUGGCUUUCGGGGAUGAUCUUUCCCCCUCCUCCGUUUAUAUAUCAAUGCAUGAUUUAGUUGCUAUUUUUCCAAGCCAAAGUGCAAAAGCAUAGCAACAACUAUUCCCUCUUUGGAUUUGCACGUUGGGGUUCUUGAAGCACUAAAGCCGCUGCUCUUCCUUUUAUCUGUUAGGAUUACAAUAUUGUUAACUUAGUUUUAAUUAUAUGUAACUUGCCCAACUUCGUUGGGCUUUGCCCAUUUCAUGCAAUGAAGUUUAAUUGUUCAAAGAAAAAAAAAACAAAAAGUUGCAUACAACUAAUUUCUUCCCUUUUUUUUUUUUUCUUUUUUUUUUUUUAAAUCUCUCGUCUUUCCAAUACAAGGAACUCCUUUUCAAAAAGUAGCUGCUCAGAGUCAUUGGGCCAAAAACACUAUUAAAAAGGGUCAUCUUUUCUUUACUUGUCAUGGAUCCAAGUAAGGAAUAAAAAUGGAGUGGGGCAUCAUAUCAUAUGACUAAAGCUGGUCAUUUUAGCUAUUUUUCAACAUCUAUCACUAGUACUCUACCCCCCCUUUUCUUUUCUUUCCAUUGUCAUUGUCUGAGCUCCAUAGCAGCAAAACAGAACCUGCCUGCCUAAAACAUACUCCAAACUAUGGCACUCAGCAAUAAUGUUAUCGGUGCCAUCAACUUCGUUGCAAUGCUCCUCUCUAUACCGAUCAUCGGUGCUGGGAUCUGGCUGGCAAUGGAGCCCGACAACUCUUGCGUGAGGAUUCUACAAUGGCCAGUCAUCAUUUUGGGCAUACUCAUUUUGGUUGUGGCUUUAGCAGGGUUCGUAGGAGGAUUUUGGAGAAUCCCAUGGCUCCUAAUAUUUUAUCUCAUUGCAAUGCUCAUCCUUAUAAUAUUGCUUGCAUGUUUGGUGGUUUUCAUUUAUAUGGUCACCCUUAGGGGCUCGGGUCACCUUGCACCAAGUAGAACCUACUUGGAGUAUCACCUUGAUGAUUAUUCAGGAUGGCUUCGCCAAAGGGUUCAAAGUUCUUAUAAGUGGGAUCGAAUCAGAAGCUGCCUUAGCUCUAGCAGUAUGUGUGCUGAGCUGAAUCAGAGUUAUCGCAUGGCUCAAGAUUUUUUUAAUGCUCGUAUUACCCCCUUACAGUCAGGAUGCUGUAAGCCUCCUACCCAAUGUGGGUAUACAUUUGUGAAUCCAACGUACUGGAUAAGUCCUAUCAACAAUGCUGCAGAUAUGGACUGCCUGAAUUGGAACAAUGACCAAAAUCAACUUUGCUACAGUUGUGAUUCGUGCAAGGCUGGAUUGUUGGCGAAUAUUAAGAAAGAAUGGAGAAGGGCAGAUAUCAUACUGCUGAUUACUCUUGUUGCCUUGAUAUGUGUGUAUUUGUUAGGUUGCUGUGCCUUCAGGAAUGCUAAAACAGAAGACAUAUUUCGAAGAUACAAGCAAGGUUAUACUUGAACUUGAGUUUAAGUUUAGAAUGAAUGUUUUCAAGUUGUAAGCUAUUUGUUGCUGUUAUUUGCUUCUGUUAAAUGUAUGAAUUCCAUUUUAGAGUGUAGUGUGCUAGAAUGACUUUUA